CCGCCUCUCCUGCGCGCGGACCCCGCGCCUCCUCCGGCAGCCGCGGUGGCGGCGGCGGCAGAGCCUCGCCCACUCCAAUCCCCACCCUCUCUCCAAGCUUAGCCAUUAAAGCGCAGCGGCGCCCCGCGCGUUGCUGGAGGACCCCGGGCGCGGAGGAGGACAGGGAGACGGCGCAGGGGGACUGAAAAGGCAGCAUGCGACCGCCGGGAGCAGCUUCGGCGCCCACCGUCUGAGGCUGCAGCCCCAGUUCGCCUUUGUGAGCGGCCGCCUGGGAAGCCCGCCAGCCCCGCGGUGCCCCACUCCCGGGUUCCCGUUCGCUCUGCGAUGGGGCACCUGCCCACCAGGGCGCGCGGCCGCCGCCGCCUGCUGCCUCUGCUCUGGCUCUUUGUGCUGCUCAAGACUGCUGCAGCCUUCCACGUAACAGUCCGAGAUGACAACAGCAUUGUUGUCUCUCUGGAAGCCUCCGAUGUCAUCAGUCCAGCAUCUGUGUAUGUUGUGAAGAUAACUGGUGAAUCCAAAAAUUAUUUCUUCGAAUUUGAGGAAUUCAACAGCACUUUGCCUCCUCCUGUUAUCUUUAAGGCCAAUUAUCAUGGCCUUUAUUACAUUAUCACCCUGGUGGUGGUAAAUGGAAAUGUGGUUACCAAGCCAUCCAGAUCUAUCACUGUGUUAACAAAACCUCUACCUGUAACCAGUGUUUCAAUAUAUGACUAUAAGCCUUCUCCUGAAACAGGAGUCUUGUUUGAAAUUCAUUAUCCAGAAAAAUAUAAUGUUUUCACAAGAGUGAACAUAAGCUACUGGGAAGGGAAAGCCUUCCGGACAAUGCUGUACAAAGAUUUCUUUAAGGGAAAAACAGUAUUUAAUCACUGGCUGCCAGGAAUAUGUUAUAGUAAUAUCACCUUUCAGCUGGUUUCUGAGGCAACUUUUAAUAAAAGUACCCUUGUGGAGUACAGUGGUGUCAGCCAUGAACCGAAGCAGCACAGAACUGCUCCUUAUCCACCUCGAAAUAUUUCUGUUCGAAUUGUAAACUUGAACAAAAACAACUGGGAAGAACAGAGUGGCAGUUUCCCAGAGGAAUCAUUCAUGAGAUCACCAGAAACAAUAGAAAAAGACAGAAUCUUCCAUUUUACAGAGGAAACUCCUGAGCCAUCUGGAAACAUUUCUUCUGGUUGGCCUGAUUUUAAUAGCAGUGACUAUGAAACUACGUCUCAGCCAUAUUGGUGGGACAGCGCAUCUGCAACUCCUGAAAGUGAAGAUGAAUUUGUCAGUGUACUUCCCAUGGAAUACGAAAAUAACAAUACACUCAGUGAGGCUGAGAAGCCCACACCAGCCCCUUUCUCUUUCUUCCCUGUGCAAAUGAUAUUGAGCUGGCUACCCCCAAAACCCCCCACUGCCUUUGAUGGGUUCCAUAUUCACAUAGAGAGAGAAGAGAACUUCACUGAAUAUUCGACAGUGGAUGAAGAGGCGCAUGAAUUUGUUGCAGAACUCAAGGAGCCCGGGAAAUACAAGUUAUCUGUGACAACCUUUAGUGCCUCAGGAUCUUGCGAAACUCGAGAAAGUCAGUCAGCAAAAUCACUAAGCUUUUAUAUCAGUCCUACAGGAGAGUGGAUUGAAGAGCUGACAGAGAAGCCCCAGCAUGUGAGCGUCCAUGUUUUAAGCUCGACCACUGCUUUGAUGUCCUGGACAUCUUCCCAGGAGAACUAUAACAGCACCAUUGUGUCUGUGGUGUCACUGACCUGCCAGAAACAAAAGGAGAGCCAGAGGCUUGAAAAGCAGUACUGUACACAGGUGAACUCAAGCAAACGUAUUAUUGAAAAUCUGGUUCCUGGUGCCCAGUACCAGGUUGUGAUGUACCUAAGAAAAGGCCCUCUGAUUGGACCACCUUCAGAUCCUGUGACAUUUGCCAUUGUGCCCACUGGAAUAAAGGACUUAAUGCUUUAUCCCUUGGGUCCUACAGCAGUGGUUCUGAGCUGGACCAGACCUUACCUAGGAGUGUUCAGAAAAUACGUGGUUGAAAUGUUUUAUUUCAACCCUGCAACUAUGACAUCUGAGUGGACCACCUACUAUGAAAUAGCCGCAACUGUCUCCUUAACUGCUUCCGUGAGAAUAGCUAAUCUGUUGCCAGCAUGGUACUACAACUUUCGGGUAACCAUGGUGACAUGGGGAGAUCCAGAACUGAGCUGUUGUGACAGUUCCACCAUAAGCUUCAUCACAGCCCCAGUAGCUCCAGAAAUCACUUCUGUGGAAUAUUUCAACAGCCUGCUAUAUAUCAGCUGGACAUAUGGGGACGACACAACAGACCUGUCACAUUCUAGAAUGCUACACUGGAUGGUUGUAGCAGAAGGAAAGAAGAAAAUUAAAAAGAGUGUAACACGCAAUGUCAUGACCGCAAUUCUCAGCUUGCCUCCAGGAGACAUCUACAACCUUUCAGUAACUGCUUGCACGGAAAGAGGAAGUAAUACCUCCAUGCUCCGCCUUGUCAAGCUAGAACCAGCUCCUCCAAAAUCACUCUUUGCAGUGAACAAAACUCAGACUUCAGUGACUCUGCUGUGGGUGGAAGAGGGCGUAGCUGAUUUCUUCGAAGUCUUCUGUCAACAAGUUGGCUCUGGUCUGGAAACCAAACUCCAGGAGCCAGUUGCUGUUUCUUCUCAUGUUGUGACCAUCUCUAGUCUCCUUCCAGCCACUGCUUACAACUGUAGUGUCACCAGCUUUAGCCACGACAGCCCCAGUGUUCCUACAUUUAUAGCUGUCUCAACAAUGGUUACAGAGAUGAACCCUAACGUGGUAGUAAUCUCAGUGCUGGCCAUCCUUAGCACACUUCUAAUUGGUCUGCUGCUUGUUACUCUCAUCAUUCUUAGGAAGAAACAUCUGCAGAUGGCUAGGGAGUGUGGAGCAGGAACAUUUGUCAAUUUUGCAUCUUUAGAGAGGGAUGGAAAGCUUCCCUACAACUGGCGUAGAAGCAUCUUUGCUUUCUUAACUCUGCUGCCUUCAUGUCUUUGGACUGAUUAUCUUUUGGCAUUUUAUAUUAACCCUUGGAGUAAAAAUGGCUUAAAGAAGAGGAAACUAACUAACCCAGUUCAACUGGAUGACUUUGAUGCUUACAUCAAGGAUAUGGCCAAAGACUCUGACUAUAAAUUUUCCCUUCAAUUUGAGGAGUUGAAAUUGAUCGGACUGGAUAUUCCACAUUUUGCUGCCGAUCUUCCACUGAACCGAUGUAAAAACCGUUACACAAACAUCUUGCCAUAUGACUUUAGCCGAGUGAGAUUACUCUCCAUGAAUGAAGAGGAAGGUGCGGACUAUAUUAAUGCCAACUAUAUUCCUGGGUACAACUCACCCCAGGAGUACAUUGCCACCCAGGGGCCGCUGCCUGAAACCAGAAAUGACUUCUGGAAGAUGGUCCUACAACAGAAGUCGCAGAUGAUUGUCAUGCUCACUCAAUGCAAUGAGAAAAGGAGGGUGAAAUGCGACCAUUAUUGGCCAUUCACGGAAGAACCCAUCGCCUACGGGGACAUCACCGUGGAGAUGAUCUCGGAGGAAGAACAGGAUGACUGGGCCCAUAGACACUUCCGGAUCAACUACGCUGAUGAGAUGCAGGAUGUGAUGCAUUUUAAUUACACUGCAUGGCCUGAUCACGGUGUACCCACGGCCAAUGCCGCUGAAAGUAUCCUGCAGUUUGUACACAUGGUCCGACAGCAAGCCACCAAGAGCAAAGGCCCCAUGAUCAUUCACUGCAGCGCUGGAGUGGGGAGGACAGGAACCUUCAUUGCCCUGGACAGGCUCCUGCAGCACAUUCGGGACCAUGAGUUUGUCGACAUCUUAGGGCUGGUGUCGGAAAUGAGGUCAUACAGGAUGUCUAUGGUACAGACAGAGGAGCAGUACAUUUUUAUCCAUCAGUGUGUGCAGCUGAUGUGGAUGAAGAAGAAGCAGCAAUUCUGCAUCAGUGACGUCAUAUACGAAAAUGUUAGCAAGUCCUAGUUCAGGAUCCAGAGCAGAGAGGACGUGAUCUGCACCCAUCCUCCCUUGCUUCCAGACAUUUUGGGGAGCCCUGCUAGUCAUUUUGCUAACAGGAGCCCCUGCUUUGUAGUAUGUGGCCAAGGAGAUAAUUUUAUCUCAUAGAAGCACUGAGAAGACUUAGCCUUAAAGAGCCUACAGUGUCUUUUGGACUCUUUCACUUCUGGAAAUUUAAUAAUGGACAAACCCAACAGAACACCUGAAAGGUCAAGAUGCACUCUGCAAAGGGCAGCAAGUAUGGCACUUCUCAAGACUUUCAGGCCCUUUGCUAGUUGGGCUGAGUUUUUUGUGUUCAUUUUUUUAAAGUGCAAUAAUUUCUGUAUAUGAUUUUAUCAGACAGUUGAAUUGUUUUCUGCCCACACCAUUGACCGACCCCAUAGCCCAGGAAGGAACAGGCAUGGUUAGCAUUGAAUUAUACCUCAUUGUUCAAAAAAGCAUGGUCACACAUCAAGAAAUAGCAAUUCUACUUCAAGUAAAUGGACCCAGCAAUGUCUGUACUGCAAACCUAAGCUACCAGAUCAGAAGCGGGGAGGGUGGAUGGGUAAGAGAGAGGGCUUCUACCCACAGAUCAACCACAAAUCUUUUCCUAUUCAAAAUAUGAAAAGCUGUAAUUUAACUUCAAAGUAGAAUAGAAAAAUAUUUGUAUUAAGUGGUCUAGUUCUUGAUGGUUUUCUUCCUUAUUAACAGUUCGAUGUUUUUUCCUUGGCCCCUUUGGAAUAAUGUGACUGUCCAGGUUCUUUUUCAAGAAACCAGAUCUGGUUCAGAAGAGCGUCAAGUCUCAUUCUCCAAACUCUGUUGCUGUUUGAGCAAUCUUGGUGCCUACACUUUGUAUUCCUUUCUCUGUCACUUGAACACCUGUGAAAGCUAUUUCUUUGUGAACUAUAGGCUGUGAAAAUGCACUUUCUUUCCCCCCCCAAAGAGCUGGGAAUUUAUGAAAUUAUGACAAAGCAUGCUAGGACAAUUCUUUGGCUACAUUUCCUGUAAUAUUGUCAAGUAUCUCUAUGGAUUACCAAGGAGAUUUCUUUUUUGUUAUUUCUGUUUGACUGUCAGUUUCAUUUUAAGCAAUGUAACUAGUAACAUUUCAUUCUUUAGAUUUUGUAUAAUUACAGUACAUGAUUGUGUAUUGUGACAUGAAUGCUGUCAAAAUGGACAUUGAUGGCAUUGUGAAGCCUGUUCCUUUGUGUCACUUCCUGAGAAAUAGGUGGUGGUAUAGAUAUACCAAGGAAAACAUUUGGAGUGGAAAGUAAACACAAGCUGGCCGCUUCCCGGUGGCUGUCAUAGGAAGCCUUGCUUCUCUGUGUCUGAUCACUGCCCAUUCCUUGGCUUCCUGCCAUUCCCGAUCACCUUUAUGAAACCGGGUAUACAGGAUAAGCUUAAUGCGCUAUCAGAGACGUUAGUGAUGGUGAACGAUGCCAAGUGAACAGCUCUGCACCCCACUGUCUCUCGUCCCGAGAAACCCUGUCCACAACAGACCUUGACAACAUUCCUGGCAAGACGGUCAGUGAGUCCCAGUGUCACCUCGCAAUGUGAUUGGCAGAGGAUGUGCACACCCUGCAGGUUAACAGCUUGGGCUCCUCGGGGAUUGUCACUUCUCACUCACCCUUCCUCUACUUCAUGCUUCCCUGCUGCUGCUUCCUCCUCUUCUCACCCCACUCCUUUAUUUCCCUUCUUGGACAUUUUAAUCAUCUAUCACACCAUACUCAACAACAAACAUGAUUACAGAAAGGCGGCAAAUGUAUGUGUGACAUUCUUCUGUUAUCACACAAGGAUAGCCCAAGAGUGGAGCCUGUGACUUCGGAAGAGCUGGUGCUGUGUGUGGUGUGGGGUGGGGGUGGGAGAGCAGAAAUGCAGUUCCAACACUGCCACACAGGAGCUUACAGAGGUUGUGUAACCUGGAACUUUACUUCUUGUGAAAUAAAGCACUUCAUAAAUA